CUUGGUACACGUAGUUGAAGUAUUUCUUUACCAUGUGGCCGAGCCUGUGAAUUGGUCGUGUUUGUUUACAUGCUCCUGGGUAAAAGUGCAACUUUCGGUCGUAAAAAUGGUGCGCCACAAUAACCAGCUGCCGGACAAUUUGCCCCAACUGCAAAAUCUCAUCAAGCGCGAUCCGGAUUCGUACCGCGAUGAGUUUUUGCAGCAGUAUCACCACUUCCACAGCGUGCUCGAUAUCUUUCGCCUGGAACCGGACAAGGAAAACAAAAACCUCUGCGAGUCGAUCAUGUUUCUGGCACAGGUGGCUCAGUGCUAUCUGGAGGAUUUGAAAACGUUUCCGCAAACGCUGGUGGACCUUCUGAAAACACACUCAACCACGCUUGAUCCGGAGAUGCGAAACACCUUCUGCCGGGCACUGAUAUUGUUGCGCAAUAAGAAUUUGAUUUCACCGCUAGAUCUGCUGGAAUUGUUCUUUCAGCUGUUGCGUUGUCCGGACAAGGCACUGCGUACUUUCCUAGAGAAUCACAUCAUCAAUGACAUCAAAAACAUGAACGCGAAGCAGAAGGACAUGAAGCUGAACUCUACGCUGCAAAACUUCAUGUACACAAUGCUGCGGGACACGAAUCCGAAGGCGGCAAAAAUGUCGGUGGACAUCAUGAUCGAACUGUACCGGAAGCAGGUAUGGAACGAUGCCAAAACGGUAAACGUCAUCGCCAACGUUGGGUGCUUCUCGAAGAUCACGAAGGUAUCGGUGGCCUCGUUGAAGUUUUUCCUGGGAACCGAUCAGCAGGACGAAGAGGACGACGAUGACGACAGUGAUCGCGAUAUGGACCUGAAGGGUAUCAUGAUGGCAGCCAAGGUGAACAAGAAAACUAAGAAGCGCAAGAAGAAGGUGGAAACGGCCAAAAAACUGUACACGCAGGCACAAAAGAAGAAGAAAAAACCGGUGGCGUUCAACUUCUCCGCCAUCCACUUGAUUCACAAUCCGCAGGGAAUGGCGGAGAAUUUGUUCAAACAGUUGCAGGAUGCGAAUGAGCGAUUUGAGGUGAAAUUGAUGCAUCUGGACGUAAUAUCGCGGUUGAUCGGUAUUCACGAGUUGUUUCUGUUCAGUUUCUAUCCGUACAUAACCCGAUUUAUUCAACCACAUCAACGGCAGGUCACUCGGAUACUUCAGUUUGCUGCACAAGCGUCCCACGAACUAAUUCCGCCGGAUAUCAUCGAACCGGUGAUAAAAACGUUGGUAAACAAUUUCGUCACCGAGCGCAACUCGAGCGAUGUCAUGGCGAUCGGUUUGAAUGCGGUUCGUGAAAUUUGCGUCCGUUGCCCGCUGGCGAUGAACGAAGAUUUGCUGCAAGAUUUAACGAUGUAUAAAAACUACAAGGAAAAGUCAGUGAUGAUGUCAUCGAAGGCGUUGAUAAUGUUGUACCGCGAACAAAUGCCUAAACUGCUGUCCAAGAAGGAUCGUGGCCGUCCGACGGAAGCGAGUGCAGAGGUGAAGCCCAAGCGUUACGGUGAAAUCGUGGCAGCUGAUUAUAUCCCCGGCACGGAGGCAUUGCUGCGAGAAGACGCACCAGAGCUGGAAGAAGAUGCAGACUCGGCGGGAGAUGAAUCGGAUGGGGACUGGGUGGAUGUGGACAGUAGUGAAGAUGAAACUGAUGCCGUGUUGCGGGAAGCAAGAAGGAAAAAGGGUAUCGUGAUGAUCAAAUCUUCGAAGCACAAGCCACAGGAAGAUGAAGAAGAGGACGAGGAAGAGGACGAAAGCGACGAGGAGGAAGACGAAGACGAUGACGAUGGAUGGGAAGAGUGUAGCGAAGAGGAAGAGAUCGAAGAGGAGCAAGUGAGAAUACCGAGGCAAAGUAAACAAUCGAAAAAACGAGAAAAGAAAAGAAUUCCCACUGUCACCAAAGCCACAGUGCUGGAAUCGAAAACUGCCGAAAGUGGUACGGAACAGGCGUCCAAAAGUGGUGAGCAAAUGCUCAAUACGACGGAAGCAAUGCAGGAGCUGGCUUCGACUAAAAUCUUUACCGAUGCUGAUUUCGCACGCAUCGAGCAGGAGCGUGUGAAAAAGCAACUUACGCAUUCGAGCCGCAAACGGCAGCUGGAAACAGAGCGCCACGAGUUUGUUAAGUUGGAUGCAAUCGAAAUGAUCUACAAACGGCGCAAAGCGGACAAGCAGGCCCGCGUGGAAAGCAUGCAGAAGGGACGGGAAGAUCGGGAAAAGUUUGGCUACAAGGAUAACCGCUUGAAUCCGCACUGUUCCAAAACGAACCGAGAAAAACAAAAGAAUAAGAACUUUACAAUGAUUCGCCACAAGGUUCGGGGCAAGUUGAAGAAAUCGUUCCGCGAUAAGCAGAUAGCGUUGAGGAAGCAUUUGUUGAACGUCAAAAAGAUGAAAUAAACGGCAAUCCGGCGCAUUACUUUUGAUUGAAAGUAAUCCUAAUAA